AUGGCAGAAGAAGCGAGGACCGAGGAUGAAUCGCCAUUAGAGGAUGAAGAAGGAGGCUUGGUGGCCAUUCGAAAAACCCUAGAAGGGUUGGAUGAGGAAGUUCGAGCUCUGAAAAACUUGUAUCGAAUGAGUUCAGUCGAAGCGGGUGAAGGUACCAAGAAGGAUUUACAGAACACUCGACUCCCAAAAUCAAGUGGAAGAAGUGUAACUUUGGAGAAUGGAUCAAUUGCACCGAUACUUGGCAUUGGAGAUAUAGAUUUGAAGAUGACUUCUGGAAAAAUCUUAACUUUGAGAGAUAUGCGAUAUGUUCUUGAAGUUAGAAGAAAUCUUAUUAGUGGAUCGUGUUUAGUACAGUUAGGUUACAAAAUUGUUGUAAAUAGAACUUCUACUACUAGUGCUAGUGUUAUUCCUUUGAGAGAUGAUUCUAAACAUCUAGACAUAGAACCUAGAAAGAGUAAGAGAACUAUAAUAGAGAAAACCUCUGGAGAUGAUUUUUGUACCUUUUUAAUUGAAGGAGAACCAAAUACUAUUAUAGAAACUAUGUUGUCUUUAGAUGCACCAAUUUGGAAGGAAGCCAUUGAUAGUGAGAUUGAAUCUAUACUUCAAAAUAAUACUUGGGAGUUGACUAAUCUACCUCCUGGGAGUAAAGCUAUCGGUUGCAAAUGGGUAUUUAGAAAGAAAUUAAAACCUGAUGGAAAAAUUCAUCAAACGGACAUUAAAAUUGCUUUUUUGAAUAGAGAUUUAGAUAAAGAAAUUUAUAUGGAGCAACUCGAAGGUUUUGUGGUUAAAGGACAAGAACAUAAAGUUUGCAAGUUGGUUAAAUCUUUAUAUGGACUUAAGCAAAGUUUUAAACAGUGGCAUGAAAAGUUUGAUAAGAUAAUUUUAGAAUUUGGUUUUAAGAUCAAUGGGCAUGAUAGAUGUGUGUACUAUAAAGAAGAUAAUGAAGACAAGAAUUUGAAGAAAAAUAAUGGUGCACUUGUAUCUCAACUUAGAUAUUCUCAAAUUAUCGGAUCACUUCUCUAUAUUGCUAAUAAGACUAGACCUGAUAUUGUUUAUGCUGUUGGGAGAUUAAGUAGACAUACUUAUAUUCCUGGUAAAGAUCAUUGA